CCCCCCCCCUCUAUUGUCAAUUUCCAACUCCUCCACUUUAAAUCACCUGCAUCAUUUCUGGCUUUUUCUUUAUGUUUUAUAGAAAAAAGAUGGGCUUUGUAUUUUUUUUCAACGAUUGAGGAGAAAUUUCGAGCCUAAACUGUAGUUUUUCCCUCUCUGCUUCAGCAUAAACUCCAUUUUCCAUCCAUAGAUUUCCAUAAUAACCAAAUUGGUUCGGAUUUCUGAGGAAUUGUUUGAAGAUCUGAAGCUCUUUCUACACUGCCUUGCCCUAGUCACCAUAUCCAGCAUGCAUUUGGAGAUCAAAGUGGCUUUAAAUUUCAUAAUCUCCUAUUUGUACAACAAAUUACCACGGCGACGUGCAGACCUCUUCGGCGAGGAGCUGGAGCGGUUGCUGAAACAGAAGUAUGAGGGCCAUUGGUACCUAGAAAAGCCUCUGAAAGGAUCUGGGUACAGGUGUGUCCAUAUCGGAGAAACUGUGGAUCCCAUCAUAGAGCAAGCUGCAAGGAGGAGUGGUUUAGAUAUAGAAGAUAUUCGGGCCAAUGUUCCACAAGAAUUGAGUCUCUGGAUUGAUCCAUUUGAGGUGUCCUAUCAGAUUGGUGAGAAAGGGGCUGUGAAGGUCCUCUACAUGGACGACAACGAGAGUGCAGAAUUGGACAAAGAGAUAAAGAGCAGCUUUAACCCAGAGGCCCAAGUCUUCACACCCAUCACUGACCAGGGCAACUCUUUGUCUAAUUCUCCAUCACCAUCCUUUGGAAAUUCAGUGAGCCCCACCUUCAUCCCAAGGUCUACUCAGCCAAUCACAUUUACCACUGCAGCCUUUGCUGCCACCAAAUUUGGGUCCACCAAGAUGAAAACUGGAGGCCGCAGAAUGGCUCGCUCUCCGACCAAUGGCUUGAUUAAGCAGAAAGGUUUGUCCACAUCAAUGCAUUCGCUAGUCCUCAGUAGCAACCAGAUUCCACCAUCCUCCCUUUCUCCCAAUGCCAAGGAGUUUGUCUACCCCGGUUCCCUGAGCUUGUACUUCGGGAAUGAAAAUCAGUCAUCAUCUGGCCCGGCGCCAUUCCCUAAUGCCUUUGAGGUGCCACCAAUCUACAAUAACAACAACCUGGGCGAGAAAGCCCCGUUUGUGGAAGGACUUGACUUCAACUUAAAUACCAUGCAGUAUCCUAACCAGCCAUUUCAGCCAGUUGUCUUGGCAAACUAAAAUAUUUAGUGAAGAACUCUUUCUAUACAUAGAACUCAAAGAAGGCCAACACUAAUAUAUCGUGUUGAAGAGCACUUUGGGAACAGUUUAAAGUUAAGCCUCCACUUCAACUUUAAUCAUCUCCCAAGUUUUCAAAAUUUUCUUUGGAUUCGUUCAAGUCGCAUACUGCAAUCCCUGGUAGGUUGUAGGAUUUUUCCAGAGUUAAACUUUUUUUUGUUGAAAAUUCUAUAUUCCUCCCUUGGAGAAACAUGGCACCAAAAUCCAUCUUAAAAGUGGAAUACUGAAAUAUUAGAAUACUCUAAAUUUGAGUAAAAUAAAGGUCACAAUAUAUAACUGGUAGUGUUAUCAGUUUUUCACAGCAGUUAGAUUUGGGGCAUUACCUCACACCUGUGCCAUUAUCUAUCUGUGUUUAAUUUUGCACUGUAAUUGUUAUGUAGGAGCUGGAUCGGGGUUGCUAGGAGAACACAUUUCCCACUAUUUUUUAAGAGUUGCUGUAGUACUGUGGGAUGAGAAGCCAUUACUGGUGAAUAAGUUCGGCAGGUUCAUAGUGAAGCAGAAUUCUGCCAAAUAAAAACCAUCUUGAAGCAGUGGGAGUGCCUGGUCUUAUCCAGUCCAUGCUGGCUGUCUGUGGAGUUACGGCAUUCAUUCUGUUCGCUCUCGCUCCCCUCCUUAAAACUCAGCAAGUCUUGUCAACGAGAACACCUCACUCUGCGCUGCAACAGAAUCUGCCAUCAUGGUUAAAGGGCUUUGAAGGUCUUCAUCCAUGUUGAUCUCCUAAUUCAAACUACUGUAUUGUGGCAACUAGCAAAAAAAAAACAAUCCUGUGAAGCUGUGCAUCAUGCUCUAAGGACUUAAUAACAUUUGGUUGUACUAAAUAACAAGCUCUACAUUGAAGAUCUACAGUACCUUGCAUCUUAGAGAGCCUCCUACUAUCCCAGAAUGCUAUGAAUUUGGUGAACGAUCUCAGCAGCAGUUUGUGUGGUAUCAGAUAUGAUGGCUGGGCAUUUGCAUUCCAGUGUAAGAUCUUUCUGUGAUACCUUUAUUGAAUUCGAACCUUGGAGUUCCGGGUUACAGCUGUUUUUUCAAUUGGGUUCUUUUGAGCCAAGCUCUUUUCUUCUCUUCCUGUAAUGCCGCCGUAGGCCUGCUAUAAGUGGCAUCAAGUUUUUACUGAUGGAAGGGAUGCAACACACUUGGAAUAGCCCAUCUUCUUUCAUGGGAGCUGCGCGAUAUUCACCUCUGCUAGACCUAGCUGAAAUGAUAUUUGAUCUGAUCAUAUGUUGGGGUGGGGGGGUUUUGAAUAACUGUGAACCCAGGCAUUUAAAAGCGCAUGAGGCCAAUAAUCUGUUGAACUCUGCUGCACAUUGUGUCCUUGCUGUGGUCCGGCUGUUAGCUGUAGAGUAACAUACCAGCUUCAUGAAUGGGCUGAUGGAACCUAAUAGAACAGGAAAGAUGUAAGUGACUAAAUUAUAGUUGAAAUAAUAUAUGGCUAUCCUACCAGUCAGGACUUGGUAGUAAAUGCUGUAUCCUGUCAGUUGCUGAGAAGGUUUAUUAUCUUUUGUCUCUCUUUGGUUUUCAGGUUCUUGACAGUGAAGUAAUCAAUCUAUAAUGCCCAAAUCACUGUAUUUGAGCAGAUCUACGCUGUUGCCUAUACAGCUCCGAUCUUCCUUUUCAUUGUGUAGUGCAGUGUGUUCUGAGGUUGAUUCUUGCAGUAAGUGCUUCAGCUCUGUUUGCUGAACUGCUUUUAGUUAACAGAAUCAUUCUAUUUGGCAUGAGCUACAGUCAAAUGAUGCUCCAGCAUUUUCAUCUCAACAGAAAAUUACCCUUGUAUUGAAUUUAUCAAUGCCACAGUCAGGAUUUCAUGAAAUCUGUUGUUAGCAACUAUACUGUAAUGAGUAACCAGACCCAUUGUAAGUAGCAAAGCAGGUUGGAGACCUUGACACGUCUAGUAAUUUUAUAUUAAAACUUGUUUGGAAGGAGUUGCAGUCAUCUUAAAAGGGAUUUGAAGUGAAGUUAUUGUAAAAUAUGCUCGAUCAGUUCACAUCGAGUCACAAGGACAUGUGCAGCAGUGUUUACUUUCCAACUACAAAAGGAAAUCUUCAAGCAUUAUCCUCGGAUAGGAGAGCAGUAUUUAAUUUGAUGCAUUUCCAACACGUCUUAGAUGACCAGACUGGUUAUUUCGGUCUCAGAGAUGAACAAGGGGUGUUGGUGAUGUGAUUAUCAAUUUGAUAAAUAUUUUAUCCUAAUAUUUCAGAGUUCCUUUUUGUUGCAAUAGUUGACCAAAUUAAAAGGUUUGUUAGAACAGUUAAUUAGGUUUAGAAUCUUAGAGAAAAAAAGAAUAAAGUGGGGUUUGCAUAUCAAAGGAAGCACUUGUUAUACACAUUAUGAAUAUAUGCAAGAGGACUUGUGCUGUUUAUAACCCACAAGAUUAGGACAUCCUCUGUUCACCCCGAAGGUAUUCUUGACCUCAUACUAGCUCUCUUCUGCUCCUUGCACUUUCCAUCUUACCCACUGAUCAAACUAUUAAGCAGCUAAUUCCAAGCCACCCUUGAAGAGAAUUAAUUUUAAUUUAUUCCGAAACCCUGCCUAGAAUAACUAAGCUGGUGAUUCAGCAGGAAAGGUGGGUGACCAAAGCUCUUUAUUUGAUUUUGGGAUUUGCCAGAUGUGAGUUGUUUGUACUGGUCUAAUGUAUUACUGGUACUGAAAGUUGGGAUAGGGACCCAGGAGUUAGAGCUAUGUUUGAUUAAUGUGGUUGUUUAAAAACCAGUUCUUUUCUCUCACAAGCGAAUGAGGCAGAAUGCUUUUAGACUUCUUCCAACUUUGCUCUGUUAGACAAUGCGAGCGUCUCCUCUGAUUUAUUCUCUGUUUUACUGAGGUAAAGGUGCAGGUUUCCUUUGUGUCCUACCCAAACAGUGCAGCUAAGUGGGAGGAAAAAAAAGCUGGGUUCAAAGUAUCAGUUAAUAAAGCUUACAAUCUGCGCAAGUACCUGCUUCAGAUAGGAACACUAUCCUUCCAAUAUUUAUAAUAUUUAUGACACUCCCCAUAAUAUACUAAGUAGCUGAUGAAGUUUGAUAAUGGUCUACUUGAACCGAGCACUGAAAGUUUCCUGGAAGUAUCCCUGAUGAUAGGUUUGAUUGUUCGGCUUUUGUCCUCCCCUAGAUCGUAUGCAAUCACUGAGCUUUGGGCCAGUGCAGCUGUUUUGGGACAGUGCUGUGAUCAGCACCAACGACUAACAGUAUUCACAGGAAAAACUGACCCAGAUUAGAAGGCGAAAGCUUAUUAUACCUUCUGUUUUUUUUUCUGAUUUUGAAGAGCAAGUCCUAUAUUUGUACGUGGUUCUGGCAUUAAAAUGUUUCUGAAUUACUGGAUUAAUGUUACGGCUCAGCCUCGUUAGUGCUGUGGCUUUAAACCUCUAAAAACACAAUUUGAACACAACUAGUUAAUGAACCAAAUAUAAUGAUCAAGGGUAAUAUAAAGAAGUCCUAAAGGACCAGAUGAGUACAGCUAUCUGCUUUAGUAUUUAUCUUGAAUUGUUGUGGGAGUCCUGAAGUUAUUAAGCCUUAACUAAUUAAUGGAGUGCAAGUCCUGAGCUUGAAUAAGGGACGAAGGACUAGCCAUACAUUCAAGUUGCAACUGCUGUAUAAUCUGCUUGGCUAGCGAUUCAGCAAAUCCAGAUUAUCAUAACACUUUUGGCUGAGUCAUUAUUGUUCAGUGCACCUAUACUGCAAUUAAACCCCACUGCCAUCUCAACCUUGUCUAAUCAGUAACCCAGAAUCCAAUACACAAUGCUGGAACUAUUGAUUUUUUUUUUAAAGCUUUCGUGUGUCUUGUGCUGUUAUCCCAACAUCCCACACACUGUAAUAAGACUUGGACUGCUAAAACAGAUGAUCAUUUUAGAGUUGAAGUUGGUGUACCCUGACUGAUGUCCCUCUCCUCCCUGGCCCAUGUCAAAAUGGCAUGCUAUUUGUUAUUCUGAACUGUUUGGAAUUAACAUACAUGCACCCUGAAAAUGCAAAUACCACAACUGCCUAUAAUUUUCAACUAGUAUUUCUGAAAUUGAAAGUGGUCACCCAAAUUGUAUGUUUACAGACACAGUUUGCAUUUAAACACAAUUGAAAAUCUGCAUUUUAAGGCUUUUCUCUGGCUUGCCGGAAUUUAGUUGAGUUGCUUUUAAUAUAUUUUUUUAAAAGAGCACGGCAGAAAAUGUGCACUUUUGUGGUGUAGAAAGGAAUAUGGAGGAAAUGGUGGUAGCUAAAUGACCAUUGUAAAUUUUCUUCUGUUCACAUUCUAGGGACACCUUUUCAAGCUUUUUGACUUAAAGUGAGAACAAUGCCUACAUUCCCUGCUUAUGUCCAGUGACCAUUUAACAUUCACUGUGUUCUUCCAAGGUUUGAAGAUUAGUAUCCUGCUAUUAGGAAAUUUUUUUUCAAAUUGCCAGUUGAGUAUUGGUGAGAAAGUUUGAACAAAGGCUGAAAAAGGGAUACUUUGCCUCAUGAAUUAUAAUGGGAGAAUAUGCAGCCAACAGUAGGGCAAUACAGAACAACCAACUUUGACUUGUGACCUUAAAAGUCAUUCAGCAGAUAUGUGGGCCUUCUAAUCUUUGUUAGUGAGGCAGUUUAAAAACUUGCCCAAGCAGAGGCUCAUUUAGUGUCAGGGAUUUGAUCUUCCUGGCAUGCAAUGGACCAGUCUCACUGCGCCAGACAUUAGGAUUGGUGCUUCUGGGGCAGCCUUGGUGACCAUAACGAAGUUCUGCCUAUCAGCUAAACGAUAGAAACACAUUAAGAAAUCUGUUUGUGAGGUACAAUUGGUUUCAGUUCCUGGAUGAUUUAAUGGCAUCCCUGUUUCAUAAGCUUUUUAGAUGUGCUGAUGAGGGUAAAGAAACUGGUAAUUUUUUUGUUAAAAUUAUUGCCUUUGAGGAUUUACUAUUCCUUUUCUUCCUUCCCUGACCCUCCCGCCUCCCCCCAACCCCAAGUGUUCUUCAUUGAGGUGAUGUGAUGUAUUAUGCAGAUGUUAGCCUUUCUUUACUUGAACAUUAAAAAAAACACUGCUUGGUUUUAUUUUUUAUUUUUAAAAAAAAUUGGCACUAACUGAUCGGAAUCUUAAGUUUCUUUGGUUUCCUUUGCUUGAUAAUUUACUAUGUUUGUAAAGGUUAAGAGUAUAUAUUUCUAAUGUACAUUAUUGUAAUUUCAUUUCAGAUUUCAUAUGCAACAAAUUAUUUUUUCAAAAAAAAUUGAAAACAGAUAUUGACAUUGUAUGCUUCAGAAAAAGUAAAAACGAUGGCAGGAUUUUUUCAAAUUAUGUACAUUUUACUUUUUUGAAAGGAAUGGUUAUUUUCUGUUAAGGAAAGCGGAUGCAAAUAAUUCCUUUUAUUGUAGACUGAAAAAUAUCCCAAUUUUCUACUUUGGAACAUUGUGCAAUACUUGCUUGACGCUAAGAUGUUUUUGCAGAUUUGUUGUAGGUGAGGUCAGAGCUGUAUAGUUUAUAAUGUUCCGGAUCUUUUUUAAGUUUGUAUUAAAAGCAUGAAAAUUGGA